GCGCGCGCGCGGGGCGGCUCCAGUUUCAAACACAGCGCCCAUCUUUAACACAACACAACACAACCGGACAGACUCCGUCCCGUAGCGAGAUACCGCUGCUCUUGCAUAACUUGAAACCCAGGUAAUGAGGGAAGACAUUAGAGAGAGGAACGAAGGCACAAGAUGAUCGAAACAAUGGAUACCCAGCGUUGUCUGCUGGCGGUGGAGAGGUUACAGUCUCGAUUGAAAGAAAAGGGAGCAGAUGUUCCUGCUGAGGAGAAGCUGAAUCUUCUGAAAGCGGUCCUGCAGAGUCCUCUAUUUCACCAGAUCCUCGCCCUGCAGAAAUCAGUGCAACACCUGAAGGAGCAUACUCCAUAUAUUAACUCCGAUCUCAAGAGCAGCCAUGAAGGUUUCUCAGCGCAGCUCAAUGGACAGCCUUCAUCUGAAGAGUACAAACACAUCAUCCGUUCCAUGGCUCAGGGUCGGUACGUGACUAACAUCGACCUACAGAAGCCGGUAUCAGGCGGUUUGGGCUUCAGUGUUGUUGGAUUGUGUAGUGAGAACCGCGGAGAACUCGGCAUCUUCAUUCAGGAGAUUCAGGCUGGAAGUGUGGCAGACAGCGAUGGAAAACUGAAGGAGGGAGAUCAGAUAUUGGCAAUUAAUUGUCAGCCAUUGGAUCAGAGCGUCAGUCAUCAGCAGGCCAUCGUGCUUCUUCAGCGAGCAUCAGACUGUGUGAACCUCACUGUUGCCCGUGGGCCCGUACCACAGCUUUCCAGCCCAGUCGUGUCCAGAACCCCCAGUGCUGCUAGCACACUUUCAGCACACUCCAGUGCGACCCAUUGGACUCACGUGGAGACAAUUGAGCUGGUGAACGAUGGAACUGGUUUGGGUUUUGGGAUUGUUGGCGGUAAAACCACAGGUGUUAUCGUCAAAACCAUCCUACCUGGAGGCAUCGCUGACCAGGAUGGUCGCUUACGAAGUGGGGAUCACGUUUUGCGAAUCGGUGAUACGGAUUUGUUUGGUCUAAGCAGUGAGCAGGUUGCUCAAGUUUUGAAACAAUGUGGCAACAGAGUUCGACUCCUCAUCAGUCGUGGGACGGCAGACGAUGCUCCGCCCGCUCCUGUCUCCUUGCCAACUGUAACUGAGCAACAGGGUUUUGAGGAAGAGGAACAGGGCGCUUUUGAUGUUAGCUUAACGAAGAAUGCUCAGGGAUUGGGCAUCACCAUCGCUGGAUAUGUUGGGGACAAAACCUCAGAGCCCUCUGGGAUAUUCGUGAAGAGCAUUUCGAGGGACAGCGCGGUGGAGCAAGAUGGGCGAAUUCAUGUUGGAGAUCAGAUCAUAGCUGUAGAUGGUGUGAAUAUCCAGGAUUACACCAACCAGCAGGCUGUGGAGAUUCUGAGACAUACUGGUCAGACAGUAAACCUGAAACUCGUCCGACGCGGCUUUAAACCAGAGGACGCAUGUCCGUCAGUCAUACCUGUCACUGUGGAGACUACUCCCAGCGCAUCAAGAAGCUCAACAAUGGAGCGAACAAAUACCAAGCACGAUGAGAGACUGUUUCUCACGCCAGAGGAAACCGCCAAACCUCAGUCUGUCACGGUUCAACCCAUCAGAACUCCAGAAAGACGUGACGGUCCUGUUAAGCUGAGCUCGGAGGAGGAACACAAACUUUUGCAGAAGUGGCAGAAUGAGCUCAGUGUCCGCAGUGAAGUCAUUGUGGCUCAAGUAGAGAAGUUUAGUGAGAACAGCGGUUUAGGGAUCAGUCUGGAUGCGUGUGCUGGCCAUCACUUCCUUAGCUCCGUACUUCCUGAAGGACCUGUCGGACGAUCUGGAAAGAUCUGUAGUGGAGACGAACUGCUAGAGGUGAAUGGCAUUCCUCUCAGAGGAGAGAAUCACAAAGAGGUUGUUGACAUACUGAAAGAACUUCCUCUAUCUGUGACCAUGGUCUGCUGUAGACCCGCCCCUAUAAUGACUGACAGCCAAACUGACCAACCACAGCCAGAGGAUGUGGCCACAGAUUCCAUAGUUCAGGUGCAGGAUGAUUUUGAGGAUUUCCUGGUCUCUGGCAAAUCAGAGGACAGCCUGAAAGAUCAUGUGACUGAAGAGCCCACCGGAACGCCGUUAGCUAUGUGGGAAACGGAGAUUCAGGACAUUGAACUAGAGAAAGGGGAGAGUGGGCUGGGCUUCAGCAUUCUGGAUUACCAGGACCCAAUGGACUCCCUUAAGACGGUGAUUGUGAUUAGGUCGUUAGUUCCCGACGGUGUAGCCGAGCGAGACGGACGCUUGUUGCCGGGAGACCGUCUCAUGUACGUCAACAAUAUCAACCUGGAGAGCGCCACUUUGGAGGAGGCGGUGCAGGCUCUGAAGGGAGCAAACAUGGGUGAUGUCCGCAUCGGGGUGGCCAAACCACUGCCCACUGAGGAUGAGGAUGGCUCUUCCUCCUUUAUCUUCUCGGCUCUAGUCCUGACGGAGGGCUGUGAUGAUGAUGAUGAGGAGGAAGUUGUGUUUCGCGCUGAGCCUGCAGUGAUCGACUCCAGUGAUUUAGACCUGUCUGACGAAAAGGCGUUUGAGCGUAAUUUUCUUGACGAGGAGGACGAGCUGCUGCAGUCAAUGAUCGCUGAACAUGGCAGUUUCUGCAGCACCGAUCUGACCUAUCAGAUGACCAGACAGGCCUCCACACCUAAGGAAGAGGAUUUCAUUCCCGCUAAAACCGCAGAUGAGACCCAGCAGCUAAACGUCACUGCGGGGAGCACUUUUGAGAGGACCAUCACUGUGGUCAAGGGCAGCUCCAGUCUAGGAAUGACCGUGUGUGCGCUGAAGGAUGGAGCUGGUAUGCUGAUCCGCAGCAUCAUUCAUGGUGGCUCCAUCAGCCGGGAUGGACGACUCGGGGUCGGAGAUCUUAUUCUGGCCAUCAACGGAGAACUGACAGGAAAUCUGACUAACGCGCAGGCGCGAGCCAUGCUGCGCAGACACUCUCUGAUCGGACCAGACAUGGGAUCCACAGGUGCUGCGGGGGAAGAGCACAGUCCCAUCUCUGUAAUCACGUAUGUACCUGCAGAAUAUUUAGAGGAAUACAGGGCAAGCCAGCAGCUCCAGAGUGAUGAUCUCACUGAUGGCAAAAACACUCAACUUCAGACAGUCUCAGAUCUUCCAGAGAGAGAAGAUGGAGAGGGACAGGAGAGUGAACGACAGACAGCAGCAUCCAACAACUGGAAUCUAUCAAGGAGAGUGGAGUUGCACAGGGAAGCAGGGAAAUCUCUGGGCAUCAGUAUUGUUGGUGGUCGGGGCAUGGGCAGUCGCCUUAGCAACGGGGAAGUGAUGCGGGGUAUCUUUAUUAAACACAUCUUGGAGGACAGUCCAGCAGGACGCAACGGCACACUAAAGACAGGAGACAGGAUUGUAGAGGUGGGAGGAGUAGAUCUGCGUGACGCCAGUCACGAACAGGCAGUGGAGGCCAUCCGUAACGCUGCAAACCCAGUGGUGUUCUUAGUCCAGAGCAUCAUUCACAAAGACAAAAAGCCUCCCGUAGCCCUCCUACAGCUGAACCGCUCAGAGCAAACUCUCCAUCCUUAUCCUGAAUCCUGCUUUACAUACAAACCGCUACAGACAUCUGCGCUGGAUGCAGUGGAAGAAGUUUCAGCCUUCAACUUGAAGACCAGCAGUGAGAAGGCUGUUGACACUCAAAGUAGACCUUUCCUUCGUCUAUGUUCGACUAAUCCUUUCACUCCUACACCGUUUAAGCUGAAUCGAGAGGAGGGGAAAAUCAUCCCGGCGACACCCGUCCUGUCACUGCCGGUCGUUCCACAUGUUGGGGAAACAGACUCGGACACCCUGACUGAGAUUCCCGAUAGACUCGUUCUUCAUAACAACGGUCCUGAGGACGAAGAGGAGGAUGAGUACGGAUACAGCUGGAAGAAGGUAACGGAGCGGUACGGUCGUUUACCGGGUCAGCUGCACAUGAUAGAGUUGGAGAAGGGCCGCACAGGUCUGGGUUUGAGCCUGGCAGGGAACCGGGACCGGUCGCGCAUGAGUGUGUUCGUGGUGGGCAUUGACCCCAACGGGGCCGCCGGGCGAGACGGACACAUCGUGGUGGGCGAUGAACUGUUGGAGAUAAAUGGUCAGGUUCUGUACGGCCGCAGUCAUCAAAACGCCUCUGCCAUUAUUAAAAGCGCCCCCUCAAAAGUCAAGAUCAUCUUCAUCCGAAACGGAGAUGCUUUGAGUCAGAUGGCUGUCGGACCAAUGAAGGAGACCGACUCACCAGACACACACACAGAGACCGAGACACCCGGCUCAACACUAGACAUGAUCCAACACAUAACUCUUCCUGUGGAGGAUGGAGGGGUGGGUAUGGUCCUGAAGGAGGACGACAGCAGGAACGGAUGCAUCAUUCACAGUGUAGAUGAGAAUGGAGCAGCUGGAAGGGACGGUAUGAUUGCUGUCACUGUGGGACACAGGCUGCUUGCAGAUGAUGAGAUGGUGCAUGUUUCUGUGACAUCAUCAGAGACAGAGCCAAUCAGAAAUUCGAGCAGAUGUUCCACACCGGGGACCUUGGCGUCUGAUCCAGCUACGUGUCCCAUCAUCCCCGGCUGUGAGACUACUAUAGAGAUCUCCAAGGGGAGAACAGGACUGGGGCUCAGCAUCGUGGGCGGCUGUGACACUUUACUGGGAACUAUAAUAAUUCAUGAGGUGUACGAGGAGGGAGCCGCGUCUAAAGAUGGCCGACUGUGGGCUGGAGAUCAGAUUCUGGAGGUGAAUGGUAUAGACCUGCGUGUGGCGACACACGAUGAGGCGAUCAAUGUUUUGCGCCAGACUCCGCAACACGUUCGUCUGUCAGUCUUCAGAGAUGAGGGUCAGUAUAAGGAAGAAGAACUGUGGGACGCACUGACCAUUGAGCUUCAGAAGAAACCAGGCCGUGGUCUUGGACUCAGCAUCAUCGGGAGAAGGAACGACACAGGAGUCUUCGUGUCAGACAUCGUGAAGGGUGGAGUCGUGGAGACUGACGGACGUCUCAUGCAGGGAGAUCAGAUCCUUUCGGUUAAUGGGGAGGACGUUCGCUCAUCCACACAAGAGUAUGUGGCCUCGCUGCUCAAGAAUUGUGCUGGUCCAAUCAGAUUGGAUGUGGGUCGUUUUAAGGCGGGGCCUUUCCACUCGGAGCGCCGUCUGUCUCAGAGCAGUCAGAUAAGCGAGACAGGCAGCGGUAAAGUCACUCCUGCAGCUGUACAGGGUGAUGCAGAGAAAACACAUGAAUGUAAGAAAAGUUCAUCUGCUAAACUACAAAUAUUCAGCUUCAUUCUUGACUUCCAACCGUUGCUUUCUUGCUUUGCAGUGCUGGACAAAGACGUCAGGACGGUUGAAUUCACAAAGGGCCCGUCAGACUCUCUGGGCAUCAGUAUAGCUGGAGGAGUGGGCAGUCCUCUGGGGGACGUGCCUAUAUUCAUCGCCAUGAUGAACCCCAGCGGCCUCGCAGCACAGACACAGAAACUCUUGAUUGGAGACAGGAUUGUGUCUAUCUGUGGGAACUUAACAGAGGGAAUGACUCACAAUAAAGCCGUUUCACUGCUGAAGAACACGACUGGCAUCAUACAACUACAGGUAGUUGCUGGUGAUACAACAGUAACUGGACCCUCACCAGAGCAGUCAGCAGAACUCACAGCCAGCAGCAUUUUCCAUGAUGACCUGGGUCCUCCGCAGUGUAAGAGCAUUAGUUUGGAGCGAGGGCCUGAUGGACUGGGCUUCAGUAUUGUGGGUGGAUUUGGCAGCCCACAUGGUGACCUUCCCAUCUACGUCAAAACCGUCUUCAGCAAGGGAGCCGCGUCAGAGGACGGGCGUCUGAAGCGCGGAGAUCAAAUCGUCGCUGUUAACGGUCAGAGUUUGGAGGGCGUCACUCACGAAGAGGCCGUCGGUAUUCUGAAGAAAACCAAAGGAACUGUCACACUCACUGUGCUGUCAUAAACACAUACACACAGCUCGUUUAAUAAGUUUGUAUUAGGUCCUUUAGUUGUUUUACACACUGGAAUACACACUUGAGUAUGAAUUGUGCCCGCUCAUAGCAUUGUUUACUGCUAGUUUGUGAAGAAACCAGCAGACUCCCACAAUCUGCCAUACUAUGCUUGGACUUUACAUUGCAUUUGUGCUUUAAAAUGCAGAAAGUGCUCACAACUGCGUGGCCAGAUAUUAUAUGCCUGGUUAUAAUAUACUUCUUUGUUACACAGUUCCUGCUGCUGUGAUUGCUAGAAAAUGCACACAUAUCUCUCUUUCCUGUUGUGUUUGAAAACUGGGUACCCCAUUGGCUUCCAUGCAAUUUGGCAAAAAUGUACACUAUGAAAAACUCUAAAGAUGCAUGUAAAAAAACAACAACUCUUAUUGUAGCUUGUCAAAGACUAGAAAAAUAUGAAAAGUGAGAGAAAUGCAUUUAUUACCAUCCAUUUCUUUUCUAUUAUUUCUAUUGUGUUAAGGGUAAUUUGACCCAUUUUUUUCAUUCAAAAUUAGCUGCAGACACAAUUUAAAAAAAGAAAAUAAUU